AGGCGCAGUUCCCGCCUCCCAGCGGCGUGUUUCUCUUUCCGGGGAUUCCCAAUAUCCUGGCGGGUGGACUCGGCUUCUUCAGUCAGCCUCUGGCCGCGGCGUACCGGGUUCUCCAGUCCUUCGUGCCGCAGGACCCCAGCUUCCCGGGCCGCUGCUCUGGUCGGUUCGCCUCUGCCGUCAACAGACCCAUGGCCGAACGUGGGGAACUCGAUUUGACCGGCGCCAAACAGAACACCGGAGUGUGGCUCGUCAAGGUUCCUAAAUACUUGUCCCAGCAAUGGGCUAAAGCCCCUGGAAGAGGUGAAGUUGGGAAACUGCGGAUUGCUAAGAAUCAAGGAAGGACUGAGGUGUCAUUUACUUUGAAUGAGGAUCUUGCAAAUAUUCACGAUAUUGGCGGAAAACCAGCUUCUGUCAGCACCCCUAGAGAACAUCCAUUUGUCUUACAAAGUGUUGGAGGACAGACAUUAACAGUCUUUACUGAGAGCUCAUCAGAUAAACUUUCAUUGGAAGGAAUAGUCGUACAAAGAGCUGAAUGUCGACCUGCUGCCAGUGAAAACUACAUGAGAUUAAAGAGAUUGCAAAUAGAAGAAUCUUCCAAACCUGUAAGGCUAUCACAGCAACUGGACAAAGUGGUGACAACUAAUUAUAAGCCUGUUGCUAAUCAUCAAUACAAUAUUGAAUAUGAAAGGAAAAAGAAAGAAGAUGGAAAACGAGCUCGAGCUGAUAAACAACACGUUUUAGACAUGCUAUUUUCAGCAUUUGAGAAACAUCAGUAUUACAAUCUUAAGGACUUGGUGGACAUCACAAAACAACCUGUGGUUUCCCAUGAAGUUCUGAUGCAAGUGGCCCAGGACCAUACUCCGGAAAGGCACUGCCUUAAACAUGAUCUAUGUAGGAGCUUCUCAACCAUUUUUCAAAUCAGUGCCUCAUUUCACUUUUAAAAAAAUUACAUCUUCUAUCCACAGGGUGAGUUACUAAUACUGUAGCAGGUUCUUUGAAGCAUAUACACAAAAUAAUACGGGAUUGGUUCUGCAGGCGAAAAAAACACUUUUAAAUAAUUAACUUCCCUCUCUUACUCCAAGAGAGAAGUACUCUAACUUAGGUUGGUCCUUUUAUAAUGGAGUGUUUUUUGGCCUUGGGCAUUGGCACGUAAAGGUGGCGUUUGGUAUUGUAUUUAUCACAGCCACCAAUUCCCUGAAUAGAGUAAUCAUUUGGUUAACGUGUAUUAAAUAUUCAGGGACCGAAAAUAACAUAAGAUGGAGUUCUGCCCUGCAUCAUCGUUACCUCUGUCCUUUGGAGGAGCCAGGCACAAGAGAGCUGCAGGCCCGGGCGUUUAGCAUGUCUUAUUAUCACUUCGUAGGCCUUACAUUGCCUUGGCAAGCUUGGCCAAGAUACAAACAAUACUAAUCACAAAUAAUAACUUUCCUUAUCACAGAGGAGGAAAAAUAAGUGGCCUGUAGCACAUAUGAAGAGUCACUUAGAACUGAGAAUUCUGGAUGCCUGAAUAUUUGUUAUUUUUUUUUAUAUAUGCUACUGCUUCUGAAAUGCUGAUUGUAAUCCAAGAAUAACCCUAUCCAGCUGUGAACUGAGUGAGGCCACUGAACUUGAGGGAAAAUUACAUUUGGUAUACUGCAUCAUCUUAGUAAACAUCGAGACUAGUAACAUUCUAGUGUAUCUUCAUCCAGACAUCUUUUCUUUUUUUUUUUUUAAGCUCUCAGGUUGUUGGCAUCCCGGACUUCCAGUCCCUUAAUGCAAAUGAUCUUACAUUUAACACAGUUAUCAUGUAUUGCAUAAAUAGAACCAAAAGGCGGUUUAUUAAACCUCUUUAUAGAGAAAUCUUGUUGUGCUUUCGAAAUCGUAAUUUUUAUUAGUUGUGAAUGUAGU